GUUAGAUGUCUAUACGGUUCCUGUGAUCUCUGUCACGCUUGCGUAGAAUCGAGUUUUUCCUUUCCUUUCGCUUCCUUUUCCGUUGGCUUCUGAAAAAGAACCAAAAUGGUGCAGCGGUUAACCUAUCGUCGACGUUUGUCAUACAACACAAAAAGCAACAGGAGACGCGUUGUACGCACUCCUGGUGGGAAACUAGUAUACCAGUAUCUUAAGAAACCGAAGAAGAUCCCAAGAUGUGGUCUAUGCAAAGACAAGCUUAGAGGCAUCCAGCCUGCUAGGCCCAUGGAGAGGUCUAGAAUGUGCAGACGUAAGAAGACGGUGAAACGUGUAUAUGGCGGUGUACUUUGUCACAAAUGUGUGAAGGAAAGGAUCGUCCGUGCUUUCCUAAUCGAAGAACAGAAGAUUGUUGUUAAGUACAUGAAAGCACGUAACGCAAAAACGAAGGCGGAGAAGUAAUUUUUUGCUUUUUAUUAAUUAAAUAAAAUAUAUAAAAUCAAGAGAAA